GGGGGAAUGGGUCCAAGUCUUGAUCCGGUCAAAAUUUAGCUCUCAACAGCUGUAGUUAGCCUCUUUCAUCUUCAUCCUCCAGCUUCUUCCCCCACGUACCUAAAUACAAUUUCACUUUCCAGUUUCCAAUCAACAGCUGCACUCUCUUCAUAGAUCUACUUGCAUCCACGGACCUGGAUAGUUACGGAUCUGCCGUUUCAAGAAAAAAAAAGAUAUAGUUGAAGAUCUGUUUGCAUCAAAUUUGGUGGGGCACCACUGAUCUAGGUUUUUGAUUUGCUCAGUUUUUAGUUUUGCGCGAGUGAUUGUGUUCUAUUUGUAUGCAAAAAUGGGUUCGAUUCGUAAUACAGUGUACUAUUGUUGUGUAUGGAAUGGGGGAAAGGUUUUGUAUGCAUAUAAUGGUGGAGGAGAUUGUGAGAUUGAAAACUUGGCUGCUUUAUGCCUGGAAAAAGCCCCUUCUCAUCACAAAUGGUACUUUCAGACCAUGUUCAAGAAAACUUUUGGGUUUCUAAUGGAAGAUGGGUAUAUCUAUUUUGCUAUUAUAGAUGAGAAUCUUGGUAACCCUGGGAACCUUCAGUUUCUAGAACAUGUCAGAGAUGAGUUCAAGAAAGUUGCUAAAAAGGGGUCGAAUCGAAGCAUGUCGAAUCUCAACUCACUCGUUUUGCAAGAACAAUUAGUGCCUGUAAUUCGGCGUUUGAUCACCUCUUUGGAACAGGUCACUGGUACCACUUGCAAUGAGACCAUAUCCUCACCUUAUAAUGAUAAUAAUGGUCAACUUGAUAUGGGUGCUUCAACAAAAGCCCCUUUAUUGGGGAAAUCUAGCAAACAAGAGAAGAGAAAGAUGAGAGAUCAUGUGAUUUCGGUAAGAGAAAACGGUGUAGUAGAAGAACACAGGAAGUCUGCAGAUAAAGGAGGCACGAAGGUGGAUUCUUUGAGUUUGGAUUCGAGUAAUCAAGGCGGAUCUGUGGCGGGUAUCUCGUUGACAAAAGAAGUAAGUUCAAUGAAUAGAUCGAGUACUCAAACCGUAAGAAACAAGUGGUGUCGCCAAGUUCGUAUUGUUCUUGCAAUUGAUGUUGCUGUUUGUUUGAUACUAUUUAUAGUUUGGAUAGUGGUGUGUCAUGGUACUGAGUGUAUCCGUUAAAGAUUCAUUCAUUAGUGAAUGGAAUGGAAACACUUGUCUUUGUUCUUUGAAUUUCGUUGCGAUAGUAUAUGGAAGCUGCACGUGAUUCCAGAUUCGAGAUUCUAAUGUUGCAAGGUAUUGGCUCUUGAUUAUUGUUCAUACAGCUUUAUGGUUUAAACAUUUUUGUACAUUUCUUAAAAAUCUAUUUGUACAUCAUUGUGUUGUUCUGAAAUCUAUAAGCUACUAGCUACCGGAUGGAUGUUUUUUGAUCGACCCUUAAACU